GAUUAACAUCCGCACUCCUUCUGUCAGUUUCCGAUGCCAUGCCCGGUUAAAAUAAUAAUAAUCCUAAUAAAAACACCAGCUCGAGUCAUCCGCUCGUUGCCGAUCGUCACUCGCCCUAAGGAAUGGCCGAAUCUGGUGCGAAUGAGUUGGCGUCCGCAGCUGCCAGAGGGGACCUAGUGCAAGUUACUAAUUUGUUGGAAAGGAUUGUAAACGUCAAUGCGCGAAAUGGAUUUGGGAGGACUGCGCUGCAGGUUAUGAAGCUGGGGAACCCGGAGAUUGCUAGGCGGUUGCUUGAGAAAGGCGCCGACCCCAACCUGAAAGACAGCGCCGGCUUCGCCGUCCUGCACGACGCCGCCCGCGCCGGCUUCCUGGACACCCUGCAGACUUUGCUCGACUCCCAGGCGGAUGUGAACGUGGAGGAUAACGACGGCAACCUGCCGCUGCACUUGGCCGCCCAGGAGGGCCACCUGCCCGUCGUGGCCUUCCUGCUGGAGCACACGGCCAGCCGAGUGGAGCACUGCAACAAGAAGGGAGCCACCGCCUACGACCUGGCCAAGCUCUACAAGCGCCACGCCGUGGCUCGGCUGCUGGAGGGCCCCUGUGCCGGCAGCAGGCGGAAGGCGGGAGCCCCCAGCGGGGACUAGACCCGGAACCCGCCCGGGCCGGGGACUCGGACAGAUCCGCUGUUCUGCAGAACACCCUGUGCCCCCCCCCCCCCCACUCUCUGUUUCUUCAUUUUAAUCAAACACACACAGUUGCAGCAGACAAGGGGUGGGUUGUGUUUGGUUUUUUUCAACGGACAUUUCUUUUGGGGGGCGGGACUAUGUAGAGGGGGGACCCAGCCGGAUGGUCGCUUUUUUUCUUGUAAUACUCCUCCCCUCUCCUUGUUCAUCCCUCCCUGUUCUGAAAAACUGUGCCAGGACCUGUUGAGGGGGGCGUAAAAUCAUCUUUCCCCUCCCCUGAAAAAUCAGCUUGCUUAACAAUAUAAAAUGAAAUAUCACAUGAAGGAGUGAAAAAUGAUGUGAAAGGGCUUUGUGCCCUAGGGUUGGGGAGCAGUUUUCCCUCUAAGCUGAGUCAGUGUGAGCUAGCUCACCGUUUUUUUA